AUGUGGCCAAGAGUUUGCGUCAACAUUCGCCAUUUAGCUAUCUCUCUCUACCGUCUUGGUCUCACAGGACCCAGUCGCGUCAGCUCCAGUCCAAUCUACAGCCCCAAGCCCAGCUUCUUCUGGACUGUCUACCUGAUUGUGAUGACCAUGAUAAUUGUGAGGAGAAUAGCAGUCAAGUCUGUCAGUUUUCGUAACUCUGAAGCUAGCACCGAGAGACCUCGAAUUUUGACUCAACUUCUCCCUCUCGCCACAUCUUUUCGCCUUAGCUGCCUCUGCUCUGUCGGCCUGUCUACAACUUCCUCCAUGCCACACCGGCCCUACCCGACCAUACCCGGUGUGCUAGCCCACCCCCAAAUUGCCCUCAGUCCGCCAGGACCAAGUAGAUCUGCCAACUAUUGUUAUAUUUAA